GCGGUUUGUGUGUGUGUGCAUGCGCGCGUGUGUUUGCGUGUGCCAAGUUUGUGAGAUUCGAAGCCUGCGCGCGCGCGUGCUGUACGAGUACUUGACACGCGAUCAGUACUUUCCGUGUGUUUGUCUCCCUCCUCUCCUCUCCGCGCAGCAGCAGCGGCAGCUGAGGUGGGCGUGCGGACCCUCUGACCCUCUCUCGCCCACUCUUCCUCCGUCUCUCCCUCUUCGCGGCAGCGACAGGGGGGCUAUGGAUGGACUGCGUUUACCUCCACUCAUAGAGGAGGCUUUGGACUCCACAGAUGACCCCUGUGAUCUGAAAGCCGAGAGCAGCCCCAACAUGGACAACGAGAUAACCGCCAAGGAGCGAGGAGUCCUGGAGGAGAACAACGAGAAAGAGGAGAUGGACCAGGAGAGAUCUCAGGAGGAAGAGGGGAAAGAAAAGAAACUGAAAGAGGAGGAAGGUGAAGGGGAGGAGAAGAGGAAGAAGGAGCAAGAGUCGCUGACUGAGGAGCAGGAGCUGGAGGAGCUCAGGGCGCAGGUGCUGCAGCUGCUGCUGGAGCUGGAGGAGGCCAGAGAGACCUCCAACAAACAUCAGGAGAGCUUUCACGAGCUGCAAGGUCUGUUGGAGGAUGAGCGUCUGGCAAGUGCCCAUCAGGCUGAGGCAUUCACACGGCAGAUCCAGAAUCUGCAAGCCCAGCUGCGCUCUGUGCAGGAGGAGAUGUACAGCCUGGAGGAGGAGAAGGAGAGCGAGCUGGCCGAGGCCCAGGAGGAGCUGCGCACGGCUCAGGAGGAGGUGCUCCUGCUCCAGCAGGCCGCGGAGGAGGCAGCGGCGGAGAGGGAGAACGACAUCGCCUCACUGCAGGAAGAGCUGUGUCGCCGGCGGGCCGAGCUCCAGCGCCUAAGUGAAGAAACCCAGGAGUACGAGCUGGAGAUAACCACGCUCAGGGCCGAAAUCAGCAUGAAGAGCCAGCGCAGGGAGGCCGAGAGGAGAGAGGGUGACGUCGACCUGCUAAAGGAGGAGUGCCGUAUGCUGAGGGAGGAGUGUCAGACCCUGAAGGAGGACAACAGACGGCUCUCCGAGAGGCUGCAGCUGCUGCAAAGACAGAGGACAUGCUCUAGCGUCUACCUGUCGCUGAAAGAGGAAGAUGCGGGGGAGGGCACAGAGGGAAAGGAAAUGGAGACCAGCUCAGAUGAGGUCAUGACAGAGAGCUACAUGACCAUGGCCCAGUCUGAGAACUGUCGUCUGGUGGACGCCUCCAUCCAGAAGAACAUCUCAUUCGAUGGGAAGCCGAUGACGCCGACGAGCUGGACCGGAGGGAUCGGGGAGAUCUUCUCGCUGAGAGACCAGCUGAAACAGGCUGAGGAGAAGGCCUCACAAGUUCAGAGAGAGUGUGAGGGUCUGAAGAUGGAGCUGCAGGAGUUGCAGGUACUGUAUGACAGCAGUCAGAGGGAGAGGGCAGAGCUGGAGGAGGAGCUGCAGCGCUGCAAGGCAGAGCUGGAGAAGCUGUCGGGGGGGACGCAGAGAUUCAUCCAUCCGUCUGAGCACGCUGUUCUCUCCAUCCCCUUCAUAGGAAUGAUUGUAAUUGUGGCUGUGGUCUGGUGCUGGUUGUCGGAGCUGGCGUCCCAGAGAGCAAGGGGAGUGAGGUAGGUUGGAGCUCCAUUGUGACUAUCACUGCAGCCACAGCUGUGCUUCUAGUGAUGACUAGCUUAUUGAGAGCCCUCAUCCGAUUCUGACUGGAUGGGUAACAACCGCACGGGACGGACGUCUGCUUCAGCCCAGCCCUCACGUCUCCUGCCAUGUCUAUAUCGAGUCACCCGGAAUGAUCUAAAUGUGAUAGAAGUGACAACUUUGUAGUAGAAACACCUACGGGGAAACCUUCAUCUCUAACGAGACGGUACUACAAGCACGCACAGGCUGAGAAAGAUGCGCCCGGCAUCACUCAAGGCUGAAGACGACAAUGACAAUGAGCUGACCUGCAGACAGUGCGCACAAGGACUGUCCUUUAAAUGUAUGCUAGUGCUGUGUCAUUCCUCUUCUGUGUCAGUGAAUAUGAUUUUUUUUUUCUCUUUUAACAAUGUGACAAAUUAUGUUUUUCAGUAGUAUGUACUAAAUUGGUUUUAGUUUAUUUAACCAUUAUUUAUUUAUUUGCUAUUUAAACUGUUGUUAAUAGGUGUCUCUGAUCAUAAGGACAAGCGUUUGAUUUGGAGUAAUGCGCUGAAACCCCCAAAAGUGUACAUAGCAGAAAGAAUUGUUAACAAUCAGUUACUCACCCCCCCACCCACCCACCAAAAAAACAAUGCAAUAUAUGCAUGAACAAAAGUUAACAAGUCUAUCAUAUCUAUUAUUGUGUUACUUUGCUUAAAUUAGAUAUUAGACAGCCUUCAUUACAAAGUCUGCAAGCACAAGAAGCCUGAUUGUGGUCAGCCCCUCUUCCCAUUCCCCUUAAUUUAUCAAUGAACCAACACACCAGGAGGUUAAUGCAGAGCCACUUCACUUUGAAAUACCCCAACAAUAUGAUUUCUUGUUAUGUACCAACAUAAUGAAGCAGCGUUAGGAGCAAAUCCUGGUGGGAAGGGUCUAUGUAGUCAUUGUUUCGUAUACUUUAAGCUAAUGCUAAUGUCAUUGUGAAGGAAUUCAUGUUCUUUUUCCUCUGCAAGGCUUUAAACUGGCUUUUGAGUGUUUUGUUAGUGAUUUUUUUAGGCGACUGCAGAUUGUUCAAGGUACACGGUGUGAAAAUGUCGACCUUCAGCUUUACCUACUACAUGCUUUAUGGGGGGAAAAACCCCUGCAGGUCUGAUUACUACCAGUUGAUAUCCAGAUAUUGACAGAUUAUAACACUGAGGCAGUGAAAUGAGCGAGCACAGCUAUUUCCGAAGGCAUUACAGACACAGUUAUGGGUCCAAAAUAUGUAAAUAAGAAAGUGUCAGAAAGAGUUAGGCUAAGCAUCAGUUAGGAAAAUUAUGUAUCUAUGGCAGGACUCUGUUUACAUUUGUGAUAUAUGUUAUUUUCUUGGUGAAAAAUCUUUGAGAACUGAAAACGGCAUGCUAGAAAAACAUAGAAGCACAAAUAUAUAAUUUAUGUUGUUUAUGUGGAUUCUUUGUAUUUCAUGUAUAUAGAUGUGACAUAUAGUACUAUGGGAGAGAUAUUUCUUAAAUCCAUUUGUACUAGCUUUGUAGAAAGUCUACUCUAUUUUGAAAGAGCAUCGUAUAUUUGAUAGCCGAAAUAUAUGUCAUUUUAAUGUUCAUUAUUUAUGGUGAUGUCAUUCAGGAGGAUUGAUAGCAUCGCUUACCAUUUUCAGUACCUCCGUGUCUAGAGGUGGUGUAGCCGUUGCAUGCGUUUAGAUUGCAGUUGACCGUAGGUGCCAGAAAGUGCAACUCCUGUUUCUUAAAACCUGUUGAGUUUUAAGAAAGUGGAAGUGUUUUCUGAAGCCUCAACCUUCAUUAGCAAUGCCUAACAAUUUUUAUUUCUGCAUAUGCACAUAGGCUAAGAAAACAGAAAAUGUGCCGCUGGACUGCAAAUGUUGUCAGUGUCUGUUGGAUCAAUCGUACAAUAGAAAUGGAAUUGCCAUUACUUGCAUUAGUAUAGAAUACUGUCUGAUUCGAUUCAUGUGUCACUCUGAGUUUCCUUCAUGAAUACUGACUUUUAUCAUAGUUUCACGAGCUUCUGUAACUGCAGUGUUUCUCGGCUUACUGCUUUACAUUUGGAUAGCAUUGUUGUUUUCAAUAUAGUUGUGGCUAUUUUGUUACCCGGAGGUCUAUUUUGCACUGUACACGACUUGAGAAAAUAAAUAUACCCGACCCACA